GCUAUCUGGUGUUGUUCAGGACCACAUGAUCUAUUAUCAUCGCAAGUUCAUGUCUAUUCAUGUAAAUUAUCACUGGCUAAAGUAACUGCUGUAGUUCAUCACUUGUUGACAAUUUUUAUUUCAAUUUUUCUAUGUAUAUUGAUUAAAUUAAGUAUUUAUUCAUACAUAUAAAAUGGCUAAUUGUUUAGAAAAUAUACAAAUUCCAACUUGCAUAUGGUUUGAAAAUGGAGAAAAACGAAAUGUGUUGGCUUCAAUGCUUGCUGGAACACUGUUUUUCUUAGGAUGGUGGUUCAUCAUUGAUGCUCAUGCCAAAUAUCCAAAUUAUAUGGCAGGUGCUUACCAUGUUUGUGGUAUUUUUGGCACAUUAUCUUUAUUGAUGGUCAAUUCUGUGACGAAUGCCCAAAUACGUGGUGAUGCUUACAAUGGAGGAUGCUUGGGCCCUAGAGGAGCUAAAGGAUGGUUGUUUAUUGGAUUUAUGAUGGGAUUCGCAGCAGUGAUUGCUGCUUGUUGGAUUUUAUUUGCUGAUUUUGUUGCUACAGAUGGACCACAAUGGCCUGGAGUUAGUUUGUUCUUACAAAAUGUAUUCAUUUUCCUAGGAUCUCUGACAUACAAGUUCGGGCGCUCAGAAGAAUACUGGAGUUAAAUAAAUAAUUUUAUAAAUGAGUAUUUAUUUUAUAAUUAUAAAGUAAUUCAAAUUCUAUUCAAUUAACUAUUCACAUUUUAUGUACAUAUACAUAAAUAAUUUUUUCUAAGGUUUUCUACAAGUUUGUCAAUAUGUCAAUUUUAUAAUUAAUAUUUUAACUAUAUAAAAUAACAUAAUUCUGAACAAAGUAAUAAAAAAAUUGAAUUGACUAGUUAAAAUUGAAAAAAACAAUCAUUGAUCAAAAACUUAUAGCUUAGUUUUAUAUUUGUUGAGUUAUUUAAUAACAAACUUAAUUUUACUUCCAUUCUUUUUAACAAUAUAAAGUAAUAAUCCAUUGUAGCAUAUUAUAAAAAUACUUCAAUAUACAG